AUGAAGUCGUCCAUCUUGUAUGCUGCGGUCGGUCUCCUCGGCCUCCCGUGCCAUGCUUCACCCAUUCAGGGAAGACAGCCAUGCAGAAGAAGCGAUUGGUCAACAGAGGAGUGGGACGCCAUUGUCGUUGGUGCUGGCACAGCUGGUAUUGUUGUCGCAGACAAGCUGAGUGAGGCUGGCAAGAAGACAUUGCUGCUCGAGCUUGGGGGUCCUUCUUAUGGUAUCACCGGAGGCACGGAGCGGCCAAGCUGGCUAGACGGAACCAAUCUCAGCAGAGUCGAUGUCCCCGGACUGUACAAGAGUAUUUUCUCCGGCGGCUCUGACUUGCUGUGUCCGUCCGAUGUCGUGAACGGCUUCCAGGCCUGCACGAUCGGUGGAAACAGCGCCAUCAACGCAGGACUCUACUUCCAGCCCCCGGAUUCCGACUGGGAUCUGUACCACCCGGAAGGCUGGAAGAGCGGCGAUGUCCAGGCGGCGACGCAGAGGUUGCUGGAAAGGCAACCUUCGGUUACCACGUACUCUUCUGACGGGCAGUUCUAUGCUCAGACGGGAUACGACGCAGCAAAGAGCUGGAUCGUAGGUGCAGCUGGAUUCACUGAGGUCGGAUUCAACGAUGAACCUAGCAACAAGGACAGAGUCUUCGGUCGACCCGUAUACGACUACAAGAACGGCCAACGCGGAGGUCCCGCGACAACUUACCUCCAGAGCGCCAGCGGCCGCUCGAACUUCCACCUCCAAACCGGAGUUCGAGUCAAGUACAUCAACCAGGUCAACGGCACGGCCUCCAGUGUGGUCGCAGAGUUCGGAGGCUCGCUACUUGAGAUCCAACUUAGCCCCGCAGGCAGAGUCGUUCUCAGCGCCGGUGCACUCGUAUCCCCGGGGCUCCUGAUGUACUCGGGCAUCGGACCGUCUGAAUCCCUGAGUAACCUCGCGGCAGCCUCUUACACCCCGUACAACUCCUCGAACUGGGUUGUGAACGAUGCGGUGGGAGCGGGCCUAUUUGACAACCCGAACACUUUCAUUGAGCUGUCGGCGCCUACGGUCGAGUCGUACACCCAAGUCUACGACGACCCCAUCGCGGCCGACCGCGACCUGUACCUCUCGUCCCGCAGCGGCCCGUACUCGUUCGCCUCGCAGACCUCGGCGUUCUGGGGCUACGUGCACAACGAGGACGGCACCCAGGCCGGCAUCCAGGGGACGAUCGACUCCUCGGGCCACGGCGCCUUCACCGCCAACAACACCAUCACGCUCAACAUCUACGGCACAUCCGGCAUGCAGUCGGCCGGGCGCGUCGUGCUGUCCACCGACGGCAAGUUCACGCCGGGCCCGGACUCCAACGUCUACUACUCGGACCCGCGCGACGCCGACGCCAUCGCCAGCUUCGUCCACGACAUCUUCCAGGCGCUCCCGCCGUCGACGCCCGACGCGCCGGCCGCCGAGGGCCUGACGCCGCUCAACAUCGCGCAGGGCGCCAGCGUCGACGAGAUCCGCACCUACAUCACGACGCCGUCCGACUACGCCGUCGGGUCCGUGCAGCACUGGUCCAGCUCGUGCCGCAUCGGCAGCUGCGUCGACGCCGACACCAAGGUCGUCGGCACCGAGAACAUCCACGUCAUCGACGCGUCCAUCCUCUCGCCGCUGACUGUCAACCCGCAGUUCGGCGUCAUGGUCGCCGCCGAGAAGGGCGCUGAGAGGAUCCUGGCGCUGGGAGCCGGCUUGAGCCUGAAGAUAACGUAG